AUGUAUCUUGUGGGAAGUGAGAAGCCAAAUGUCCACCUACGAUGUGCCAUCGCAAGCGAACUGCUUGAUGAGCUCGAAUCAAUCUCUCCAAGGUUUUCCAUCGCUUCAAGUCCAAUCUGGCUUCAUCACUUGGCUCAUAUUGGUCACAUCAUUAGCAGCGCAAUUCCGAGUUCCUCUCCCACGCGAACAUAUUUUCUGGUUCAGAGUAUUCUCCAAGCGCUUGCUGAGUUCCUUGAAAAUAUUGAUAUUGAGCUAUCUCGACUUUCUCAUCCGAGGAUUGCUGCCAAGCUCCGGGCACAGGUCAGUCAGAUUGAUCAGUGUAGGCAGCAGGCCUCUGAGCAGGAUCCUCAAAGGAGACUAUCUGCUCAAAGCCUUCCACUGGAAGCAUUGAAAACGAGUGGCCCAGCGUAUAAUGAUUCCCUUAAUGUGACUAGCGACAGGCAUGGUGGACAAGAAGCGGACUUUUCUGGCGCUACAAACAUUGAUCUACAGUCUGCAAUGCAGACUUCAGGACCUGAUAUCGAUUUCCCACCCAUAUCGAGUACUUCACAUUCGACAGAUUUGUUUGAGAACUGGCCGAUGUUGGCAGGAAAUACGGAUGUCAUGGAUCCAGUUGGUGCUUUCUUAUCUCUUGGUCAAGUCCUUCAAGAUUCUUGA